AGUUAAUGCAAACGCACGCACAAUUGUGAAAUAUUUUUGUUUUGGUCAUAGUAUUUUUCCCAAAACCAAACAUCAAAAAAAAAGUUCAAACGAUACAUGUUUAAAUAACAUUCGCGUGCAUCCAAAUCCAUUCCCUUCAAAGUUUUUUUUCCACCAAAUUCACAAAUAUACAACAAAAAAAUAACGCUAAUAAUAUUCUUAUGGUGUUAUAGUUUUAUCUAUUUUUUUAAAAUAAAAAUAAAGUGAACUUGUGUGCACUGAAAAUUAAAAAAAAAGAAUCGUGUUGACAUGAAGGAUUUUAUGAUAAAGAAAACUGUAAUUCAACGAAACUAAACACAUCAAUUCUAAUUGAAACGAAUAAAAUAAAAGCCGUGUUCUAAAUUAUGAAACUAAACGAAAUGAUUAUCGAAAAUUUAUGCGAAAUGAAACAAAAACUCUAACCGAAAAUUCGUUCAUCAAGAAGUGGUGAAUGAAUCAAAUAAAAGCAAUAGAACUGCGAGAAAGAAAUUGAAAUAAAGAACACAAUUUUUGCGAUAUAAUUCAAUACUUGAUAGAAAUUGGACAAUUAUUGUUCCGCUGGAUUGCUAAAGUGCACUUCUGCUUGUGUUCAUUUUUUUUGGCUCUUGGAAUACUUACAACAAUAUCAGACCCAGGAAAUAGAACGGCUACCACUUUGGAAAUAAAUUUAAAAAAAAAACGGCCUAUCACACUGUGUAACUUCCAGUUCAAAAGACUAAAUAGGUAUUUCAUCAACGACUGUUUCAAAUGUACUCGAGUGUACACUGUGACUUCAAUUUAUGAAGAUUGAAAAAAAUAUUUUUUUGAUCGCUGCGUUAUAAAUCAAAAUGAAGCUAAAAAUGUCUUAUUCAAAUUUGCCGAAACUAUUCGCUCACAUUUUAGUUCUUGUCGUAAUUGUGAGCGAUGCAACACAAGGCUUGGCCAAUUGUCCACAAGGAUGUAAAUGUGAUGAUCGAACGCUUGUCGUUAAUUGUGGCGAAGGUCAACUAGAUGUGCUACCAAUUGCAUUAAAUCCAUCCAUCCAACGAUUGGUCAUAAAAAAUAAUAAAAUAAAAACCAUCGAUUCAUCAAUUCAAUUUUAUGCUGAAUUAAUUUAUUUGGAUUUGAGUAUAAAUCAUCUGUUCAACAUUCCGGCCCGAACAUUUUACUAUCAAAAGAAAUUAGAAGAGUUGCAUUUAAAUCACAAUAAAAUUGGCAGCAUAACAAAUAAAACAUUCGUCGGUUUAAAUUCGUUGACCGUUUUGAAUUUGCGUGGCAAUUUCUUGGACACAAUUGGAUCGGGAAUAUUUUCGUCAUUGCACAAAUUGGAGGAACUGAAUCUUGGUCAAAAUCGUAUUUCACGCAUUGAAGUUGGUGCAUUCGAUAAUUUGCCCAAUUUACGUGUUCUUGCAUUGGAUGAUAAUCAAUUGUCAAUUGUACCAUCGCAACCAUUGGCACCAUUAACAAAUUUAGCCGAAUUAUAUUUGGGCAUCAAUUCAUUUCGUACAAUUCAAUCGGGUGCAUUUGCAAUGUUGACACAUUUGAAUAAUUUGGAUUUAAAAGGUGCAGCAAUGGUAAACAUAUCAUUGGGUGCAUUCCGUGGUCUUGAAAAUUCAUUGCGUACAUUGCAAUUGUCUGAUAAUCGGUUGGUUAAAGUGCCAACGGUGCACUUGAGCGAAUUGUCACGCUUAGAAGAAUUAUCAUUGGGACAAAAUGAUUUUGAAACAAUUCCAGAAGGUGCAUUUGUUGGAUUAAAAAACUUACGACGUUUGGACAUAAGUGGAUCGAUGCAUUUGCGGAAAAUUCAAGCUGGUGCAUUUGCAACAAAUACAAAUCUCGAGUCAAUUACCAUUGCAUCAAAUAAAAUGUUGACAGAGGUACAAGAAGGUGCUCUAAGUGGACUUCCACAUUUGAAGCAUGUUAUAUUACGUGAUAAUGCACUAACAACACUCGACGAAGGUCUAUUCCCCUGGAGUGAAUUGCACACAUUUGAUCUAUCUGAUAAUCCAAUUGUAUGCGAUUGUCGAGUUCUUUGGCUAAGAAAUUUACUCAUUAUGAAAAACUCUAGUCAAUUUACCAGCGAACAACAAGACAAUACAAUAUUUUGUCAUGCACCCGAACGUCUUCGUGCCGAACCAUUGACAGCAAUUUCACCAUCAUUAUUGGGAUGUUCACAUUCAACGACACGUCGUCAAGCAAUGUUUGGUACACUUUUAGUUGGUAUUGCAGCGACAAUAACCGCAUUUGCAUUACUCAUCUACCGAUAUCGUCGACAAAUUCGCGAAGUGAUGAAGGGACGAUGUACCGGUUCAAAUCCGUUGGGCCCAAAAGAGCGCGAAUAUCAAAAGAGCUAUUACGAUGAAGACUCGUUUUUAUCCAGACACAUAUAUGCGCAGGCAACUAAUCAGCAUCCAUGCAAUUUGGCCGCACAUCCAACAACAUUGAAUCACUACUACUACACACCAAUUCAUCGUCCACCGAUUACAGAAUUAUGACAAUCAAUAGCCCCGCCGCCUUUGCCACCACGCGGCCCACAAAUGCAUCUGUUUUCAAGUAUUAGCGAUGCAAGCAAUAGCAGCGUUAUAAAUAGCGUAUAUGGAUGCGGCGGCAGUGGAAGCGGCGGGACAAAUGAUGUCUCAACACACAGCACAUCAUCGACGGCAUUUCUGCAAUUGAGUCAAGAUCAUCUUAGCAAUCAUCAUUCACUCGGUUUUAAGAGCUUGUGCCGACAAUAAAACUGAGAAAGAAUCACAUGAACCAACACAUUCACUCACUGUAUAUAUGUUCAUUAUCAUUUAAAGUGGCUAUAUGUCAUACGAGAAACAAUUGUGGCGUGGUCAAGGAUAUAAAUAGUCGAAGUAUCUCUUAAUCGUCAUCAUCAUCGUCAUGCUGAAAAGUAAAAGUUGACAACCACAAGAAUUUCACUUUUCAAAGAAACCCAAAGCUAAUCUAUCUAAUGUGGCAUCGAACAAAUCACAAAAGCAAUAUAACAUUGAGAUAAUAUUAUCCAUGAAAUUUUAAAUUCGCUAAAACAUACAAAAUAACUUACAAUUGAUCUAAAAAAAACUUAUUGUCUUGAAUUUCGAUUACUUAAUACAUUGUGAACAAACAAUAUUUCUCUUUCAAACCGUCGAGAGUUAGUUGUAGAGAUGAAUCAAAUGAAAUUUAGAAUGUAGUAGUACGAUAUUGUGAACAAAACUUUUCAUGUCCAUUUGUAAAUCAAUUCAUUAGAUAUUAUUCAAGAAAUUCAUCUAACCGUCAAUAAUUUAUCAUACCUAAUCAUAUAAAAUGUAGAUUCUUUCAAAUAUGAUUCAGAUCACAUCAGUGAACAAAAACAAUUUCGCGACAACAAUGGUUUACUUCAUAUUCACCUAGCCACGACAUAAAUUUUAAUCUUGAACGUGAUUUCUAGAGUAAGAAAUAUUGAACGAAGUCAAAUUUCAAUAUUAAAUUGAAUUUAAUUGCACGUACAAAACGGAUAUAUGGAUAAAUAUAUCAAACACUGACCAUUCACAUUACGUGGAAAUUUUAAUUUAAAAAAAUAAUAAAACGACUUAUAAUGUACGUACUGUGUACGAAAAUAAUGAGAAAACGUAGCAUUUAUCAUUUGUGAACUGUAAAAUAUAGAUUAAUAAACUAAUUUAAAAAUUAAAUAUAUUUAAAUGUAAACAAUCUUAAUAAAAUAAUUUAAAAUGAACACUUUGAA